AUGACAAGCAUGAACGAGAAUAUACGUGGCGCAAACAUGGAUCUGGUGUUUUUCAAAGAUGCCAUCACUCAUUUGGUCAAAGUUUCACGUAUCAUUCGGUCUAGAGGAAAUGCUCUACUUGUCGGAGUUUGCGGAUCUGGGAAAGGAUCUCUCACGCGCCUCGCUUCUUACAUCGCGGAUUAUCAGGUGUUUCAGAUUGUUCUCACCAGAUCUUACAAUUCGACUGAUCUACUCGAAGAUAUGAAAAAUUUGUACCGCACCGCCGGACUGGAAGAUGAAGCCGACCACUAUAUCGUUGGAGCUAUUUACAUUUCCACAGAAGACUUCAAGACCGUCAUUCGAAGUAACUUAAU